AUGUCUUCUAUACACAUCUAUGGUCCACGCAUUCGCUGCAACGAGAUCGCUGUUGAGCUCAGGGCGGACGGAAUACAGAAGAAAGUUAUCAGCCCAGGCAGAGGGGAAUUGUCUUCAUUUAUCGAUGGAACUAAGGUGAAAUUUCACUAUCGCACCAGCCUCUGCGAUGGCACCGUGCUGGAUGUUUCCCGUACGGCAGAAUGCCAGAACAACCCCAUGGAGCUUAUCAUGGGGAAGAAAUUCAAGUUAACCGUUUGGGAGCGUAUAGUCACCACUAUGAGGGAUAGUGGGGAGGGUGAAAUCGCAGAAUUCACCUGUGAUGUGAAACACACGUCGCUGUACCCUCUGGUCUCCCAGUCCCUAAGGAACAUCAGGGAUGGCAAAGAUCCUCUGGAGGGCCAGAGGCACUGCUGUGGCAUCGCCCAGAUACACUCUCACCACCACACAGGCCAUCACGAUUCGGGGCAGGCCAACUCCCAGCCUCUGGUCUUCACCCUGGACCUCGUACAGAUCUUGACCCCAGGCUCCUUCCAGCUGGAUAUCUGGGCCAUGACGGACGAAGAGAAGCUGGGCGCCGUGCCACAGAUCCAUGAACGGGGCAACGUGCUCUUCCAACAAGGUGACUUGGUGGGAGCUGCCAAAAAUUACUAUAAUGCCAUCGCUUGCCUGUGUGACGGAGUAUCGGUCCCUGGUAUCGGCAAGUGUUGGACGAAUACGAGUAAGGACGGGAGGUAA